GUUAAAUGUGUUGGUUCAGCAGCGCUUUCAUAGCCUGAUUUCUUUUUCCUUCCUUGUUCUUUUGAGGUUUUUAAGAAGUGGAAGUUCAUUUAGAAAUGGCUUCGUUAGCUUUUGUUCCCCAUUACUUUAUGUAACUUCAGUUUGAGUGAGCUUGGACCACAGAAGCCUAAGGCGCUAAUAAAUUGUUAUUAUUAGAUAUUAAGCACUGAGUACCAACCCAGGUCUUUACAGGAAGAUUUUAAAAGCAAUAUAAGUAGGUACUUAAGAUUUGUUGAAGAGAUAAAAGUAUCAAUUGGAGGACAAUAAAUUUCUAAAUAAAUGGAUGGUGGAUGGUAUCACUCACUGUAAUUGCUAGCAGCUCAGAGAACAGAGACAUCAUUUAGGGAUGGAGUGGAGGUCAGGGCUUCUAAAAGGAGGGAGACUUAAGCUGGUCUUGAAGGAUGUGAGGCUUUGGGUAGGUGAGUUAUUAUGGGCAUGUUCCAGGUGGGUACCCCAUGAUCAGAGGCACAGAAAUGAGAACGGAAACUUAUUUGGUGCUCCUGAGGCAACAGAAGAACUUCCUGCCUGGACCCUUGAGAGGUUGGGCAUAAUAAAGCAUGUGGAGAGGGCCAAAUGUGAACUGUGUUGACAGCACUGGCUACACACCCCUGCACCAUGCUGCUUUGAAUGGCCAUAAGGAUGUGGUCGAGGUUCUUCUGAGGAACGAUGCGCUGACCAACGUGGCUGACUCGAAAGGCUGCUACCCUCUGCAUUUGGCAGCUUGGAAAGGAGAUGCCCAGAUAGUGCGGUUGCUCAUCCAUCAAGGGCCUUCACACACCAGAGUCAAUGAACAGAAUGCUCUUGAGAUCAAAGAACUCAAAAAGUACGGCCCCUUUGACCCUUAUAUCAAUGCCAAGAACAAUGACAACGAGACGGCCCUGCAUUGUGCAGCACAGUAUGGCCACACAGAGGUGGUGAAGGUGCUCUUAGAGGAGCUGACGGACCCCACCAUGCGCAACAACAAAUUUGAGACCCCUUUGGACCUGGCAGCACUGUACGGGCGACUGGAGGUGGUGAAAAUGCUCCUUAAUGCACACCCCAACCUCUUGAGCUGCAACACUAAGAAGCACACCCCUCUGCACUUGGCAGCAAGGAAUGGCCACAAAGCCGUGGUCCAGGUCCUCCUCGAUGCUGGCAUGGACAGCAACUACCAGACGGAGAUGGGCAGUGCUUUGCAUGAGGCUGCUUUGUUUGGCAAGACCGAUGUGGUGCAAAUCCUGCUGGCCGCAGGAAUUGACGUCAACAUAAAAGAUAACCGUGGACUGACUGCCCUAGACACUGUUCGGGAACUGCCUUCUCAAAAGAGCCAGCAGAUAGCAGCAUUAAUUGAAGAUCACAUGACUGGAAAAAGAAGUGCAAAAGAAGUAGAUAAGACCCCCCCACCCCAGCCACCUCCCAUCUCCAGUAUGGACUCUGUAUCACAGAAGUCUCAGGGUGACGUGGAGAAAGCAGUGACUGAACUGAUUGUCGAUUUUGACACAAAUGCUGAAGAAGAGGGUCCCUACGAAGCUCUAUAUAAUGCUGUCUCCUGCCAUUCGUUGGACAGCAUGGCCAGCGGGCGAUCGUCUGACCGAGACUCCACGAACAAGGAGGCUGAGGCAGCAGGAGUGAAACCUGCUGGAGUGAGGCCUAGGGAACGUCCACCACCUCCGGCAAAACCACCGCCGGAUGAAGAGGAAGAAGACCGCAUUCAUAAGAAGUAUUUUCCCUUGACAGCUUCUGAGGUUCUGUCCAUGAAACCUAGAAUUCAUGGGAGUGCAGCCCAGGAAGAAGACGAACACCCUUAUGAACUGUUGUUAACAGCAGAGACAAAGAAAAUGGUGUCGGUGGAUGGAAAAACAAAAGACCACAGGCGGAGCAGCAGCAGCCGGAGCCAGGACUCUGCGGAGGGGCAGGACGGGCAGGUCCCAGAGCAAUUCUCAGGCCUCCUCCACGGCUCCUCCCCGGUGUGCGAGGUGGGGCAGGACCCUUUCCAGCUGCUCUGUACUGCUGGCCAGAGCCAUCCAGACGGGUCCCCCCAGCAGGGCGCCUGCCACAAGGCCAGCAUGCAGCUGGAGGAGACGGGUGUGCAUGCUCCUGGAGCCUCCCAACCCAGUGCCCUGGACCAGAGCAAGAGAGUGGGCUACCUAACAGGCCUGCCCACCACCAACAGCCGCUCACACCCUGAAACUUUGACUCACACAGCAUCUCCGCACCCUGGUGGUGCUGAGGAAGGAGACCGGAGUGGGGCCAGGAGCCGAGCCCCUCCCACCAGCAAACCUAAAGCUGAACUCAAACUCAGCCGCAGCUUGUCCAAGUCUGACUCUGAUCUCCUGACCUGCUCACCCACAGAGGACGCUACCAUGGGGAGUCGGAGCGAGUCCUUAUCCAACUGCAGCAUUGGGAAGAAGAGGCUGGAGAAGUCACCCUCCUUCGCCUCGGAGUGGGAUGAGAUUGAGAAAAUCAUGAGUUCUAUUGGAGAAGGGAUUGACUUUUCUCAGGAACGGCAGAAGAUCUCAGGUUCGCGGAUGCUGGAGCAGAGUGUCGGGGAGUGGCUAGAGUCGAUUGGGCUGCAGCAGUAUGAGAGCAAGUUGCUUCUGAAUGGCUUUGACGAUGUCCGCUUCCUGGGGUCUAAUGUGAUGGAAGAGCAGGACCUGCGGGACAUCGGCAUCAGUGACCCACAGCACCGGCGGAAGUUGCUCCAGGCGGCGCGCUCCCUGCCCAAGGUGAAGGCUCUGGGUUAUGAUGGGAACAGCCCCCCUUCCGUGCCCUCCUGGCUGGACUCCCUGGGGCUGCAGGACUACGUCCAUUCCUUCCUGUCAAGUGGCUACGGCUCCAUCGACACCGUGAAGAACCUCUGGGAGCUGGAGCUCGUCAACGUCCUGAAGGUCCAGCUGCUGGGCCAUCGCAAGCGCAUCAUCGCCUCCCUCGCAGACAGGCCAUAUGAGGAGCCGCCCCAGAAGCCCCCCAGAUUCUCCCAGCUGAGGUGCCAAGAUUUGCUCUCCCAGACGUCAUCCCCGCUGAGCCAGAAUGAUUCCUGCACUGGGCGGUCGGCUGACCUACUGCUGCCUCCAGGGGACAUAGGCAGGAGGCGCCAUGACAGUCUCCAUGACCCCGUGGCACCCUCCCGAGCGGAGCGCUUCAGGAUGCAGGAGGAGCACCGCGAGGCCAAGCUGACCCUGCGGCCCCCCAGCCUGGCAGCCCCCUACGCCCCAGUGCAGAGUUGGCAACACCAGCCAGAGAAACUCAUCUUCGAGUCCUGCGGUUAUGAAGCCAACUAUCUGGGCUCCAUGCUGAUCAAAGAUCUGCGAGGGACAGAAUCCACACAAGACGCCUGUGCCAAGAUGCGGAAAUCUACCGAGCACAUGAAGAAGAUCCCCACCAUCAUCCUGUCCAUCACAUACAAAGGUGUCAAGUUCAUCGAUGCCUCCAACAAGAACGUCAUCGCAGAGCACGAGAUCCGGAACAUUUCCUGUGCGGCUCAGGACCCGGAGGACCUCUGUACCUUUGCCUACAUCACCAAGGACCUGCAGACCAGCCACCACUAUUGCCAUGUGUUCAGCACCGUGGAUGUGAACCUGACCUACGAGAUCAUCCUGACGCUGGGGCAGGCCUUCGAGGUGGCCUAUCAGUUGGCCCUGCAGGCCCAGAAGUCCAGGGCAGUGGGCGCCUCUGCAGCUGAGAUGAUUGAAACAAAAUCUUCCAAACCGGUGCCUAAGCCUCGGGUCGGCGUGAGGAAAUCCGCACUGGAACCACCCGAUAUGGACCAAGAUGCCCAAUCCCAUGCCAGUGUCUCCUGGGUUGUGGACCCCAAACCAGACUCUAAGCGGAGCCUCAGCACCAAGUAUGAGACCACUAUCUUCUAAAACAACCCACUCCCUGUCUCCACUAGUCUCACUGUGCCUUUGCCAUCCGAUCUUUCUGCUGUCCUCAACUCUCUCCUUCCAGCUGCUGAUGCCAAGGCCCCAACUGCACUGGGACCUGCUCCUCCUGGGCGGGCGGCAGCGUAGACGCUGUACACUCGCAGCUCUCGUACCUACCACCACCGAACACUGUGAAUUCUCCCCCUCAGGCUGAGGACAGCUUGAGGGGGUGAGUUGCCUCUGAGGUGGGCACCAAGAGGGCUCAGGGGUUCUGUUGCACCCCAGAAGCCUCCACGGGCAGGCACUGUGAACCCCGACGGGCAGGGCAGUCUCCAGCAGAAUUCCGAUGGCACUGAUAGCUCCCUGGGGUUGGGCUGGGCUCUGUGUGGCUCCCUCCUCCUGUCUGCUGUACUGAGCCACAGCUGGGCACCAUUGCCAAGAGCUAGCUGACUAUUCUCACCUCUCCUGAAACAACCAACCACUGUGACCACCCAGUGCCAGAGUCCCCAGCACUCUGCUCACAGCCGGCCUGCAGCCCCACCCCACUGUCCUCCGCUACUCUGAGGAGCUGGCCUCACUCUCAUGGCUACGCCCUUGUGAGACCUUGAGCUCAGUGAUGUGGCUGGACCAGGGAUAGACUGCUUUCUGUGAGGGCCCAAGAUACGCGCCAGGCCCUUGGGUCCGUGCUGACUGUCCCGCUUGGGGCUCUGGGUAUCUCAACACUCACAGGCUGGCUCACACAGCAGGUGUCUCAGUCCUGAUGGGCCUUCCCCUCCAAGGAGGGGGGUGGCACGUGUGUGGACACCCCCUCUAUCUUCACCACGGAGUCUCAAGGCCUGGCAGCCUUGGGCCUGGCUCUGGAGUCUAGCUCACUGAGGAGGAAGCCUUCUGUAGAACCAACAAGGAGGCGGCCUGUGCCCUGCACACACGGCACACCUUCUUCCCUCACAGAACAGAGCUGCUGGAGGACAGGGACCUGGACCAAGUGGCCUCCAUUGUCCUCUGGGAGCUUUCUGACAUUCUCCACGGUGGGGGAUCACAGAUAGCGCUGUCCAGCGCGCCCCUGAACACCUCCCUCAGCCUCCUGACUCCUCUGAGAGGAGAGGCCGUCCCCUCACAGCAGCUCAGCAGCUGGGAUGGUGGAGCUGAGUCUUUGAAGAGGCCCCCCGUUCUCCAGUGUGGGCAAACCAGUUUGCAUGGCAGGAGACAGGAAGGCAGCCGUGCGCACAUAGCAGAGUCCACUAGGAAAGCCAGUCGGCCAGGGCAGUCAAAACCCAAGUCGACAAACCGGGUGGGUCCUGCGCACCCACCCAUCCUUGUGCCUUCCUGAGCAGAGUCGCUGAGCCAGAGGCGGCGGGGGCUGCGGGCUGUGGGUGCUCAGAGCAGGCGCGGAGGGUGCCUAGGGGAGGCUGUGAGGUAUCUUCUGUCCUGCUGUGUUUCCUUUCCGUUUCCUCCACCGUCCGCAGGCCCCAUUGGUUAACCCUUUCCUCCCCCCAUUGUUUGCUUCUGCCAAGCUGAGCCACUGAGGAACCACACUGUGCUGCGGAAAAUAGACGUGGGGGCAUAGGCUCCCACUGCCAUCACCGCCGCCGCCUCACCUGCAGCUUUGAAGACCCAGGCCUCACCUCCGCCUGCAGGACCUCCUCUUGGCCACUUGGCCUGGGCCUGCCACCACCACGUCUUGCAGAAUGAGCCCUGCCUUGGCUGUGGAGAAGCACUCCAGGCCGCUAGCAGAUGGGACUGGCAUUCCAGAGGGUCAAGAAGUGACCUGUUCAGAACACAUUGUUUUUAACAGAAACAAAAUCCUUUUACAAAGUGAACUUUUAACACUUGGCUCAAACCUCUAGGUCAUACUGCCAAUCUUUAGACAAAUGGCCAUGGGGCAGAGGACAGGGGAGCUGAGGUUGGUUCAGAGGCCAGCCUGCACAGCCUCUGUCCUCAGGAUGGGACCUGGGUGCAGCUCAGCGGGUCUGAAGAGAAGGUGGUGGCCUGUGGGUGAGGGGAACGGAGCAGGCUCAGGCAGAAUUGAGUAUGGUGUGUCUGCUUUUCAAACCUGACCAUAUCAGCUGCUGCUCUUUAUGAACUGCCCAAUUUCCUGUCCCCUUCAGGGGCUGGACACAGGCUUCUUGUAAGAACACAGCCCUAGAGGCACCUGAGCAACUUAAAGGUUUCCGGUCCAUUUCUGGGGUUCCCGAUGGGAAGUUUCAGUGGCCAAAUGAAGAUAAGUGUGCAGUUUCUAGUGCUGGGAAGUCUUAGCCAGCACCAGAGCACCAGGCCUCUCCCUGGCCUCUUACCUGUCAGUGACCGGAGCACUGCCCUGGGCUGGCCGGCGCUGUACUGCCUGCAUUGUGUCAGAGAACAGGAAAAACAGCUUUGGGGCGUUAAUGUUUGGAGUAGGUCAGCUAAGGUUGCUACUUGCCAAUUUGUGAUUUGUCUAAUCAGCCUGUGUGAUUGGGGCUCAUUUUAAUUCUCUGAAUUAUUGGUUUGACGGUUACACUCUCGGCAGCUGGGCUCAUCCCCGGACCCUGGUGUGGAAAAGGCUAAAUAAGGUGACAGUGCAUCAGUGCUCCCCCGCGUGGCCUUUGGGGCAGGCUGGCGUCCUAGUGCGCCUCUGCUGCUUAAGCUUUCCCGCUGCUCACUUUGCUUUUAAAAGUAACUUGGGUUGCAGUCUUCCCUCUGGACUAGAGUAGAAAUGCAGGGGAAACUGCUGUGGAUUUGAGAGGCAAAGUUGGCUCAGCUGUGUGCCCAGUUCCUCCUGUGGGCACUUUAGCAGGUGCUGAGCUUUCCUGGCAUAGGUCAAUCUGGUCUCAGGAUGAAUAGUCCAGGCUUCAGCAACACUCCUCUUUCCCCGCAAAGGCUGUGAAUUUAAAUUCUUUGUGGGUGUGUAUGUGCAGGGAGUACUGUUAGGCACAUUCUUAACCCAUGUGGUUGGCCAGAAAUCAGAAGUGGGGCUGUGUCUCUGGCUGGCUAGAGGCCAGGCCUUGUGGGUUUCUAUCUGCUAAGUGCCCAGCAGGUUGGGGCCUGGGACCCAGCUCCCUCUGCGGCAGAGGCGCCCGCCCCCUGCCCCCCCCCCCCCCCCCCACUUCUUGGUACUAAACAAAGACCUUGACACCUUGCAGUUUCACUUCAUUUCCUGCUCCUUUCAGGGCCUGUGAGGAUUCCCAUGAGCUAAAGCUGUACAGUACUCGGCCCCGACUUUCUUCCCAGAGUUGACCAGGAACCCUAAAGCAUCCAGAGUAGACUGCGCUGCUGCUGCGCACAUGCUGGUGCCCGUCUUCCUCCUGAGGGGCCAGGCCAUGUCUAAGUGGGCCUCUGUUGGGGGGCGGCAGGUCCGAAAGAACCUGCAGACACUACAGACACUACGAUGCACUCCUCACGCUGUCUUUUGUGCUUAGCUCCUCCAUAGGUGUUUCUUCUGCUUGAAGCUGCUAUAUCGUCUUUCUUUAUUCAGGGUAUUUUCAUAUUGGAAGCCUUGGCUAGUCUGCUGUGGCCCUGGGUUCUGUUUAGAGAUUGGUUUAUUUCUGAAUAUUCAAGAAAGGAAAAUGACUGGGCCUUUCUUUUCUUCUCCUCUGGGGCAGGUUGUCUCCCUUUCCUAGAAAGGUUAUUGUAACUUUAAGGACAGGCUUCAAGUGGGAAGGUCCCUACUUUUGCACUUCUCCAAGUGCAGGUCACACCAGGGGCAGACCCUGUCGCUGCGUUUCUGAACUGUGAAGGAGCCUAUUCAGGUGGGAGACUUCAGAUGGGCUCAGUACCUGUUCCAGCCACAGGCUUCUUGUCCGCCUCUUCUUCCCUGUCCACCAGCUGCUCAGCGCAUAAGACCUUCCCGACAGGCUCUGCGUGUGCAGUGCUCCGUGUCCCUCCAGCUUCAGACACUAAUGGGAGUGCCCGAGACACUCGGGUUGGAGCAGGACAGCAGGCAGAGACAUUAGAAAGCCAGUCUGAACGGGGGCUGUCUGUGAGAUGCCCAGGCCAGCUCACAAGUAUUGUUGCUCACGGUGUGGCAAUGGACUGAACUGUAAUAAAAAAUGUUAUUUAAUCUUUGUCUCUGUAUUUUGAUACUUGAAUGACUUCCCCUUUUGUUUUACUGUACAUAAAAUUGUUAAUCUGAUUUUGUCUGAAUUAUAAACAUUUUGAGGUACCAAACAUAACCAAUCUGUGCAACAACAUAGACUGACCUCACUACCCAAGAGACUGUAAAUAUUCCUGGGCUUCCAGCUUUGGUUUUGUUAUUUUCAUAACUGUACAACUUAGAACAGACUGAAUUAAUAAAUGAGAAGCGACAUGAAUGCAGCCUUAA